AAUGACUGGAUUUUUCUCUGAAUAAAUCACUGAAACUGAAGCCGCCCAGGAAAGUCUCCAGGCAGGUGCAUUUGGCGUAGUAUCUGGGACGAACCCAACCCAAGAGAUCAAAAUGAUCCUCAACUCUUCUACCGAAGACGGUAUUAAAAGAAUCCAAGAUGACUGUCCCAAGGCUGGAAGACACAAUUACAUAUUUAUCAUGAUUCCUACUUUAUACAGCAUCAUCUUCGUGGUGGGAAUAUUUGGGAACAGUUUGGUAGUGAUUGUCAUUUACUUUUACAUGAAACUGAAGACUGUGGCCAGCAUUUUCCUUUUGAAUUUAGCGCUGGCCGACCUAUGCUUCUUACUGACUUUGCCACUGUGGGCUGUCUACACUGCUAUGGAAUACCGCUGGCCCUUUGGCAAUUACUUGUGUAAAAUCGCCUCAGCCAGUAUCAGUUUCAACCUCUACGCCAGCGUGUUUCUACUCACUUGUCUAAGCAUUGAUCGCUACCUGGCCAUCGUUCACCCGAUGAAGUCACGCCUUCGGCGCACAAUGCUGGUAGCCAAGGCCACCUGCAUCAUUAUUUGGCUUCUGGCUGGCUUGGCCAGUUUGCCUUCAGUUAUCUACAGAAAUGUAUUUUUCAUUGAGAACACAAAUAUCACAGUUUGUGGCUUCCAUUACGAAUCCCAAAAUUCAACCCUCCACAUAGGGCUGGGCCUAACCAAGAAUAUUCUGGGUUUUUUGUUUCCUUUUCUGAUCAUUCUUACAAGCUACACUCUUAUUUGGAAGACCUUAAAGAAGGCUUAUGAAAUUCAGAAGAACAAGCCGAGAAAUGAUGACAUUUUUAAGAUAAUUAUGGCGAUUGUGCUUUUCUUUUUCUUUUCCUGGGUACCCCACCAAAUAUUUACUUUUCUGGAUGUCUUGAUUCAGCUGGGUAUCAUACACGACUGUCAGAUUACAGAUAUUGUCGACACCGCCAUGCCUAUCACCAUUUGCAUAGCUUACUUUAACAAUUGCCUAAAUCCUUUUUUUUAUGGCUUUCUGGGGAAAAAAUUUAAAAAAUAUAUUCUCCAGGUUCUGAAAUACAUUCCCCCAAAGGCCAAAUCCCACCCAAGCCUGUCCACGAAAAUGAGCACACUUUCCUACCGCCCCUCAGAUAACAUAAGUUCAUCCACCAAGAAGUCGGCCCCGUGUUUCGAGAUUGAGUGACAUGCCUGUCUGUCAGGAAACCUUGUGAAAGAAACGGAAAGAAAAACAUUCCUUCCAAGCACUUCUCUACCAAAUGAGCAGUAGGUCCUUUCAGAAUGUAAGGAGAAAAAUGGAUUGUGUGGAUUGAACUGAUCUCUCUAAAGCUCAGAACAAAAGCUUUACUUUCCCCUUGCAGCCAAACAACGCGAAGCUCCAUGUUGCAUCCUGCUGCAUUAGAUAGUAAAGGCCGCUCAGAGGGAGACGUCAGCAGCUGG